ACCGUAUUUUAGUUAGUUAGUACUUAGUACUAGUACUAUAUAUGUAACAAUACUAAUAGCAAUAGCAAUAUUAGAUAGGUACGGGACACGGAGCAAUUGAUCCCGAGCACACAGGCUCUCGUAAUCUGUUCCGCUCGAUACGUGUUUGUGAUUCGUUUUUCGUAGCACAUGGAGGCAUGGAGCUGUCUCCUACCUCUGCCGGCUGCGGGUCUGGUUUUAUCGUCUCGGCGGCGGAACCACGAGCGUGUCGCCGAUGGAACCUGGAUCUCUUGAGGGUUACGGUCUCUCGGCUCCACCGCCCAAUGGAGUUCUUGUUGCAGCCGGUCAACAUCAGAACUCUCAUAGAGGAAGUAACUGACAGAGAGACACCCAUGGCGCCUCUCCAUUAUCCUGUUUUGUCGCCGCCGGGCGUCGAAGUGCCACCUGAGAGUGCCUCUAGUGCAGACACGAAGAUGUGUGCGGCGGCGGCGGAGAGGCAGGGAGUGCAGAUAAGGCGCAGGUAUCUGAACACUCCAUAGAGCACAUUGAUCCAAAGAUUCCUGGCUGGACACGAAGGUAUUCAGUUUAGUCCCCCCCCCACCCCCACACACACACACUUUGGUAGACAUGAAAAUCGGUUGCCUGUGUGACUAGAUGGGGCUACAGAUUCAGUCUAAAUUUAGCACGAUAAUUGUUGUAAAGAUAGCUUAGAUUCUCAUGCUUGGAAUGUGUCCGUUUCAAGAAAAGAAAUGAAUUGCAGAAGUGAAUACCAUAUAGCCAGGAUGGUACUGCAUUUGAGCUUUUAACUGUCCAUGAUAGUAAAUAUGCGGUACCUCUUAAUGCUUAAGUGUGGCAUAUGUUUCUGCGACACUUCUUGAUGAUGCAUGAAAAAAGGAAGAGGCAUUCUGUAAUUUUUAUUUGGUGAAUUUUUUUAUUUGUAUUACUGAAUUUAUUGUGUGGUGACUGGUGAAUAAUUGUGCACAAACACUUUUGGAAACAAAUGCAGGGUCAGGAUUGGUGCUGCUACCAGACAAGGCCGGAAGGUUACAUGGAUCAGCGCAUCUGGAUGUGGCACCCUUUGAUGGCAGCAACCGCACAUUCGCUGUUCGCUCGUUCAACAGUUACCAAUGAAGAUGAUACACCGAAUGCAAAUGAAGGGGCCACGCCAAAUGGCUCGGAGAAUCAAGAAGCUGGACCCAACGGUAGUGCGCUGGGUACUACUGUUCAAGAUCACAGCCAAGUUGCCGGCAGGGAUGUGAUAGAGUUAGAGGGUACAGAGCCAAAUGCUGACGCGCUAACUGUCGUCACAGUAGAUGCCAAUCAAGUAGUUCAACCCAAUGGGAGUGCGUUGGAUAAUAGCGGUCAAGAUGGCGUUCAAGUUAGCAGCACAGAUGUGAUAGUGUUAGAAGAUACCGAGCCAAAAUGCUGGCACACUGACUAUCAUUGAGAUAGAUGCGAAUCAACUUAUCAGCCAAGUUGGUUUACACAAUGCAGACAGGGAUCCAAGUGCUGGCACACUGACUUUUAGGAUGUAAAAUUGUCCUCUGAACCGAGCAAUGAGUGAACUGGAUACCUAUGUUGAAUAUGGUUAGCAUAGAAAUAUUCAUGAUGUACCAUCAUUUGCUAAAGA